AUGCCUAAACGAAAGGCUGACGCAGUUAUUGAGAGUACCCCCAAGCUUCCGUCGUUGCGGGAUCAAGUCGCUGGUCGUAUUCGUCAGUCGAAUUAUAUUUCGGACAACGGUUUCGUUGCUUCUGUCUCGUGUUCUCAUUGUGCCGAAUCUGGCGAAGAUUGCGUGAUGGAUCGUUCCCGAAGGUAUUCAAAGUGUGCGUCGUGUACUCGUGCUGGUCGUUCCUGCAAGAGGGAAUUCCAUACUGGCGUGGAAUGGGACCUGCUGUCUCGUGCCGAGUCGAAGUUGUCGGCGGAUAUUGAAAGGAGUGAAUCAGAGUUGGAUUUGUUGGAGCCUGAGCUGGGCGAGUUACAAGAUCGUCUCGCAGCGUUGCAUCAACAGGUGUUGGAUAAGCAAAAGCAGUAUCAGGCGACGAUGAGUCGUCAACGUCGUCUGCGGAAACAAAUGGCCUUCUUAAAGCAGAAGGGCUUCAAGAUGUCAGAGCAUGAUGCGGAAUUGUUGGCGAUUCUGGACGAAAAACAAACGUCCCCAGAGCAGGUUGUAUCCCCUGCUCUCGAUCUCCAGCAGUUGGCGGCUACUGCUGAGAAUCCGAAUUUUGAUCAGAUGUGGGAUGAAAUUGUUCGGAUCCCUUCGGUUUCCACUGUGGCGGGUUUUCCCAAUGUAAUGGUCGUGGUUCAAUCCCAUAAUUCAAUUUUCCUUGUCGAUGGGUUGCGCAAUCGUGAUCGUAGCAUCCUAGAACCGCACGGAUGUCGUGUUUUGGGUGUCGUGCGUAGCCUCGACAAGAACAUCGUGGAUGUUCACAUGGACACGUAG